GUCACAACGACAAAGCGAAAAUAAAAAGGAUAGCAAUUAGCUAGCCAGCUAAUCCCUUGCAUGACUCAGUCGCUGUACAUUUCACAGGUUUAUGAAGAAAUGGACAUGGUCGGGGGACCGGGCUGAAUUUCGAAACGGAUUUGGAGUUUUUCAAGUUGAAUUUCACCAGUCUCUGCAUCAGCAUUGCCAUGGAUAAAUCUCAGUGAUGGAGUCCCAGAGGAAAAGCUCUGGUGAGGAGGACAGUUCAGGGGAGCGAGGGUUGCUCCACACCUGGAAGGGCUACUCCUAUAGUGUCACCCCAGAGAGAGUGCUCCUGUCCAGGCCUGUGCUGCAGGCUGCCCUGGGGACACGCCAUGGGGUUCUACUGGUGGAGGGUGGGCAGGUGUACAGCUUCGGUGAGUUCCCAUGGAAACAGAGCCAGGUGUCGGAGGUGGGCCCCCUGAAGCCUGUCCUAGAGAGCGCUCUCAGUGGCCAGCGCGUGGUCGCCGUGGCAGCGGGCAGCUUCCAUAGCGGGGCGCUUACCGAGGACGGCGGGGUCCACAUGUGGGGGGAGAACUCCUUCGGCCAGUGUGGCUUGUCCAGCCUCACUGUAGUCCCCAACCCUACUCCAGUGGCUGUCAUGGACCCCGACACCAGCCCCCCCCAUACCAUCCGGGUCCUGGAGCUGGCCUGCGGGGAGCAGCACUCCCUUGCUCUCUCUGCCCAGCACGAGGUGUGGGCCUGGGGCAGCGGCUGCCAGCUGGGCCUGGUCACCACCGUCUUCCCUGUUUGGAAGCCCCAAAAGGUGGAGCACCUGGUGGGCAGACACGUCCUUCAGGUGGCCUGUGGGGCCUUCCACAGCCUUGCCUUGGUGCGUUGCCUACCCCCUCAGGAGUCUCGGCGGCCCCUGCCAGACAAGUGUGGCCAGUGCAACCAGCUGCUCUACACCAUGACGGACAAGGAGGACCAUGUCAUUAUCUCAGAUAGUCAUUACUGCCCCCUAGGGGUGGAGUUGCUGGCUGAGGGAGAAGCCAGGCUGGGGCCUGGAAGGUCCCCUCCACUAGGGCUUCAGAGCUCCCCUUCAGAGCCCCUCUCCUCUCAUACCUCGGCCUCAGUACCAGGUCCCCAUCCCUCCAUAACAGAACAUACAGACUCUGAGGGGGGGAGGACAGUGGCACAGAAUGGGGAAGUCUUAACCACCACAGAUGCUGACAUCUCUGCUGCUGGGACAGACUCUGAUCGAGCUGUUGGAGGUGUGGGGGGUGCAGGGUCCCGGAACUCCCCCUACCCUGAUGAUCAGGCAGUGAAAGAAUAUCUCAAGAAACUGUCUGACACCUCUUUGGCUGAGGAGACUGCCACGAUGACCAUAGCAGGAGCAAGUUUUCAGCCCCCAGCAGAUAGCCUUGACCUCCUGACCUCUGACCUCAUCCCCGGGGUCAUGCCAGUGACCACCAGCUCUGCCCUCAACAGCCUGGUCUCAUCCUGUGCCUCCGCCGUGGGCGAGAGAGUGGUCUCCACCUACGAGGCUCUGUCCCUGAAGAAGAUGAUUAACUACUACUACCCUGGGGUUGUGGGUGUAGCAGGAGUACCCGGUGGAGUACCCGGGGGGUUUCCAGGGGGACCCGCGGAGGAGCGGGUGCGUCUGGAAGAGUCCAUGCAGGGGAAGAAGAGCUGCAGCACGGGGGAUAUCCGUGAGGAGGAAGCCGAGGGCCUGAGUCGACGUCUCUCUCUGCCUGGACUCCUCUCUCAGGUGUCCCCCAGGUUGCUGCGGAGGGCCAGCCGGCCCAGGGUGCGAGCGGUGCCCCUCACCCCUGUGGGAGGGCUCCCAGAGGCGGGGGAGCUGCUCCCCUCCCUGCAGACCGAGGUGUGGAGCUGGGGGCGGGGCGAGGAGGGCCAGCUAGGCCAUGGGGACAACCUCCCCAGGCUGCAGCCACUGUGCAUCAAGUGUCUGAGCAGUAAGGAGGUGGUGCUUGUGGCUGCUGGGGCACAUCACUCCCUGGCCCUGACUGCACAGUCCCAGGUCUUCUCCUGGGGUAGUAACAGCUCUGGCCAGCUGGGACACAUGGCGUCUCCUACUACUAUCCCUCGCCUUGCCACGCUGUCUGAGGGGAUCCGUGUAUGGGACGUGGGUGCGGGGGCGCAGCACACCCUCCUCCUGGCCGAUGGGGACUGUUACCAGCCCAUCCUUUACUAUAGCGGACAGCAGGUCAGAGCGGGGGCGCAGGACGCACCCCAGGACCAGACAGAAGGGUACAGCUACACCCAGCAACCAGUGCUGCUCCCCUUCUGCAUGAACUUGGGCUACGUGAGCGGCGUGUUUGCGGGGGGCCAGAGCUGCGUGGCGCUAGCCGACCGCAGCGUCAUGGGUUUCACCGCCAGCCUCCACGAGCUGGCUACUGCCGAGAGGAAGUUCUACUGCAAGCUGAGCUCUGUGAAGAACCACAUACUGCGCCCUCUGUUGGACCUGGGUGAGGACUACUGCUGCCGCUACAGCUCCGCUGGACAGAGGCCAUGGGUCAGAGAGUCGUUGAGUACAGCUCUAGGCCCGGCGUCCACAGUGCUGCUACGGAGCCUGGCGAGGUGUUAUAGCCACCUAUGUCACCUGACUGGCCAGCACUCUGCCUCCCUCACCGCCAACCUGCGCCGCCGCCGGGAGUUUAAAAGCCUGGUUAUGCUGGAGCAUGCCAGCAUCUUCCUGGACACAUACAAUGAGUACUGCUGCUCUGUGGGUAACUUCCUGGUGAUGGGGGGCUUCCAGGCUCUGGCCAAGCCCUCGCUAGAAUUCUUUGGGAAGUGUCCAGAGCUGUUGCAGCGGCUGGCAGAGUCCAGCGAGGAGAACAUUCCUCUGAGUGACCUGUUGGUGACUCUCUUCUACCUGCCCAUGAGACACCUUCACGAGUAUGGCAGGCUGCUGCUCAAACUGGGAACCUGCUUCGAGGUGAGCUCAGUGGACUACCAGAAGCUGCAGGAUGGCUGCUCUAAGUUUGAGGCCCUGGCUCUUCAUCUGAAGAGGAGGAGGAAGGAGGCAGAGUACACAUACCACUUCUGGAAGAGCUUCCCUGGCAAGAUGACGGUCAGUGGCCUGGAUUCCCUGCGUAAUCCCCGCCGGAGGCUGAUCUGUGAGAGCAGUAACAAGGCCCUGACGCUACAGAACUCUGGAAGGUUCUCUGUCAACUGGUUCAUCCUCUUCAACGAUGCACUCGUCCACGCUCAGGGCGUGGUUCCCUAUAAAAGCCUUUUCUCCACCCACCACGUCUUCCCAUUGGCCACACUAUGGGUCGAGCCCAUCCCGGAGGAGAACACUGGCCUGCAUGGACUGAAGGUGAUCUCACCUGAGGAGACCUUCACCCUGUUGGCCUGUUCUUCCAUGGAGAAGGCCAAGUGGCUGCGCUCCAUCAACCAGGCGGUGGACCAGGCCAUGAGUGGGGCGGGGCAGUCAGGCUCAGGGGCAGGGCAGAGAGCGGAGCCUCCCAUCUCCCGGACCGCCUCCUACACCUUCUACAAGGACAGCCGUCUGAAGGAGGCCAUCUACGAGGGCCGCUGGCUGGCCGGCAAGCCCAAUGGGAGGGGUAUGGUGAAGUGGCUUGAUGGGAGAAUUUACACGGGGACGUUCAAGAACGGACUGGAGGAUGGUUUUGGAGAUUACGUUAUGCCCAGCAAGACGUUGAACCUGAACGACCACUAUCAAGGCCACUGGAAAGAAGGGAAGAUGCACGGUAUCGGAACAUACAAGUAUGCUACAGGUGAGUUGUACGAGGGCUCGUUCCAGGACAACAUGCGCCACGGUCACGGGAUGCUGCGCAGCGGCACGCUGAACUCCUCCUCCCCCAGCGUCUUCAUCGGCCAAUGGGUGCACGACAAGAAGACUGGCUACGGCGUCUUUGAUGACAUCACCAGAGGAGAGAAGUACAUGGGCAUGUGGCAGGAUGACCAGCGGCAGGGCACGGGCGUCAUAGUAACCCAGUUUGGCCUGUACUACGAGGGAGCCUUCAACAACAACAAGAUGCAGGGCACAGGGGUGCUGCUGUCUGAGGACAACACCACAUAUGAAGGAGAGUUCUCGGAGGACUGGACUCUCAACGGAAAGGGUGUGCUGACCAUGCCUAAUGGGGACUACUUUGAGGGCUCCUUCACCGGGGAGUGGGGCUCUGGCCUGAAGGUCACCGGAUCCUUCUUCAAACCCAACCUCUACGACUCAGACGGGGACAAGGGCCGCGCUGUUAAGCUGGGGCGCCUGGCAGUGCGUCCGGAGGAGAAGUGGAGGGUGGUGUUUGAGGAGUGUUGGAUGAGGCUGGGCUGUGAGGCCCCUGGCCAGGGAGAGAACCAGCGAGCCUGGGAGAAUAUCGCUGUAGCCUUGACCACCAGCAGGAGACGGCACAGAGACAGCCCGGAGAUGAACCUGAGUCGGACUCAAAACAGAACGCUGGAGAGUCUGGAGUUCAUCCCUCAGCAGCAUGUUGGUCCUGUUACCAUGGAGAAGUAUGACAGUAUCCGGCGUUACCUCAUCAAGGCGUGUGACACGCCCCUGCACCCCCUGGGCUGGCUGAUGGAGACUCUGGUGGCUGUCUACAGGAUGACCUACGUGGGGGUGGGGGCCAACCGCCGCCUCCUGCUGCAGGCUGUCAACGAGAUCAUGUCCUACCUGGCCCGCAUCUUCCAGCUCGUCAGGUUCCUGUUCCCAGAUCUGCCUGAGGAGGGUGGAGCGAUCCCUGAACCAUCCUCUGACCCCCAGGACAAGAAGGACUCCAACUGCGCAGACACCCAGCUAGAAUCCCCCAAACCUGGGCGUGUGGUGAGUAGCUCUGCUCUACUCCUGCCGGUGUUGCUGCCUCGUCUCUACCCCCCUCUCUUCACCCUGUACGCCCUGGAGAAGGAGAGGGAGGACGACGUGUACUGGGAGUGUGUCCUCCGCCUCAACAAACAGCCAGACGUGGCCCUGCUCGCCUUCCUCGGAGUGCAACAUAAGUUUUGGCCGGUUUCAGUUCCAGUGCUGGGGGAGAAGACCGAGGUUGUGUCCAGCACAAAAGACGCCUGUUUUGCCUCAGCAACGGAGACCUUACAGCAGAUCAGCACAACGUUCACCCCAUCCGACAAGCUGCAGGUGAUCCAGCUGACAUUCGAGGAGAUCACAAAGGAAGUGAUGUCAUCUCUGGAGGAUAACUUCCUGUGGUCCAUGGACGACCUGUUUCCUGUGUUCCUCUACGUGGUGCUGCGUGCCCGGAUCAGGAACCUGGGGUCAGAGGUGAGUCUGAUAGAGGACCUGAUGGACCCCUGUGUACAGCACGGAGAACACGGCAUCAUGUUCACCACACUCAAGGCGUGUUACUAUCAGAUCCAGCAUGAGAAGACCACAUAAGAACCACAGAGAAUCUCUGUACUGUACAUUGCAGCAGCUCUAUGUAAAGUGGCAGUCAGCCAAUUAGAGGGCAGGGAUUGGAGAGGUUUGGAGUGAUGCUGUGUCAGGGUCGUCACAGGAGGGUCACGAUGACUGACAGACAGGCUGCUGACUGUCCAUCUGUUCCCCCGUAGCAGGACCCCCUCCCCCUUACAUACACACAUACACUGACGCAUGCGCUUAAACACACACACUACACAGCUCCCCGCUCUAACCACUGCCUUUUGGUGACCAGGUCAUCAGGCUCAUACACCUACUUGAUUGAUCAGGUUGACCUCUGUAAAACUGUUUUGGCAGUUUGGCCAGUUCAUCUGUCCAUAGGCUUUGUGACUCUUUAGCCCCUGAAUGAAGGAACCUGCUCCUUGAGCCGUCUGGAAUAGGGGCCUACUGUGAUGUGCGCCGAGCCGGUGGAGUUUUAGCUUGAUCGUGGACUGUUGUGAAUAUGACUGGCUAUUUCCUAUUCACGCUAUAGUAGUGGCAGAGAUGAUAACCGCUUCAUUUGUCACCCAGCUCUGGUAGUGAAACGGAAGUCUACGAAGAGAAACUGAAUCGUUACAAUCCAAGUGAGACUCACCCUGAACUUGGAGCCUGUCUAAUAACAAGACACCAUCCUGUAUGUACAGUAUGAGGUGGCAACAAGUACGCAUCACAUGGCCACCUGUUGCUUCCAUUGGACCUCAGCCCUCAAAAGCACAUGUUAUUUAAUGGACCAAAGCAACGCGUCACAUUGAUGCCACUUAAAACACGAAAAGGAUUUAACCUCCGUGACAUCUGAGGAUCUUUGUACGGAGCGCUAGCCGGCGCUCACUCGGAGCAACACCAGUUGAAGUUGUUUUGUAGUUGAAAUGUAAAAUGCACAUUCGGUACAGUUUUGGUGUUAUUGUUGUGUUCACUGUUCUGGGAAAAAAUCUGAAAUAUACAGCUCUGUAUUCAGGUGUUUUUUUUUGACGAUAUGAGGUUGGGUGACGCUCUGUUUCUCACGUGAUGCAGUUAAAUGACAGCCAGCUAAUGUGCACCUCAUCUGCUAGCCUUUUAAAACAUUUCCAUUCAUACGGUGUUAUUUGUAUUUAUAACCACUCUGUUUGCAUGGUAUUUAUAAUGCUACAAGGUGGUUUUUUCAGGGCACUUUGUUAUUCUACACCAGAGCUGUAAUUCAAAUGAACGCUCGGCCACCUACAUGAAAUGUUGACAUUUGAUGGGUAACACACAGUAGAAGACUGUUUAUUUUUUGUUAUAAAUCUCUUCCUGCAACAUAGCUCAUGUAAUAUUCAUGUUUGGGGUUCCUCAAAUCAGAUGGAGGCUGUUACCAGGAAGCAAUAUUGUUAAUGUGUUUGUUUGGUGCGCUCCUUUCAUGCAGACAGACUUAUGACAGUAUUAUGCAGUAUUUGUUACUACCUGCAAGGCAAUCACUACCCUGAAGAAACUGUCGCUGUUCAACUAGUUGGAGGCUGAUCGUGUUGUAGUGGCAUUGUGAUGGUUAGACAGUGGUUAUACAGUGACAUUGAAGUCUACCAAAAGUAAUUUUCCCUGUUGCAAAUUGGCACAAUGUUCUUUGAAAAUCUUUUUUUAUAUCUCAAAUCUGGGCAGAAUUAUUAGUCUGGGGAAUAUAGUUUGUUACAACUAUUAAUUGAGUGUUUGAUGGGACAUGCAGUACAUAAGAAUUGCUAUUUUAAACAAUUUGAUUGUAACCUGGUAUUUGGUUAAGUCUUUAUUCAGCUUGUUUGUAAUUUGUAUGGUCAUUCCAAGAUUUACUUCCAUUUUCCCCCAUAAUUCCUUGGGCAAGGACUGGUUAUUUACCUGUAUAUUUGUUUACACCUGAAACACAUGAAGUGCUGCAUGAUAGGAAAUAUAUGAAGUGUUUGAAUAACAUACAUUAUGGUCUAUGAAGGAAGAUGUGACUGCUUGUACUUCCAGGUUAAGGUGUGUUCAGUUGGACAGAGCGAUCUGUAUGUUGGCACUUUUUUUUUUUUUUUUUUUUUAGGGGAAUGAUGUCAACAUUUUGUCUAAUGUACAUCUUAAUGUAAAGAAAGGGCAAUAAAGCGAACUGACAAAGUUCCCUUUAAAUAAAAUUUGCCUCUGUACAAGUUUUCCUUAAGUCCGUAUGUUCCCUGUUUGGUUUAAUGGAUUCGAUACUUUACUUUUAACAGUCAGAUUAGAGGCCAAAGGUGACUGUUUUGUAAAUAUUUGUAGUGCUGCUGACAAUCCUCUAAGCUUGGACCCAUUUCUAAAACGCUAAAGAGGCAGAGGGUGAAUUAAUGACAAUACAAAAAUAACUUUUAAGCCAAAACCUUUUACAGUGCAGCAAGAUAAUCUUAGAUUAAUAAAUUACUUCAUAAAUCACCAUCAACAACCAGUUUCUGAUGUUUGAUGAAACAUUGGUAAAUAAGUCCACAGUAAGGAGUUGACUGUGUGACAGUCUUAGGCUUUGAUUCAAUCAGAUUGAGGAUGUUUUGGUGGUGUCAGAACUGGCACUGCGUUGGAGCCGUCAAAUUGGUGAGCUGGUGUUCUAUUAUGCUUGCCUGGGUGGAACUGGGCAAAUCAAAAUAUAUUUUAGAUUCUUCAAUGUAGCCACCCUUUUCUUUGACAGCUUUGCACACUUGGCAUUCUCUCAACCAGCUUCACUUGGAAUGCUUUUCCAACAGUCUUGAAGGAGUUCCCACAUAUGCUGAGCACUUGUUGGCUGUUUUUCUUUCACUGCGCUCCUGGUCAGUCCUUAAAUGGGAGACCAGAUGCUGCUGGAAGUGGUGUUGGCGGGCCGGUAGGAGGCACUCUUUCCUCUUGUCAAAAUAAAAAUAUCCCAAUGCACCAGGGGACAGUGACUGGGAACAUUGCCGUGGGUCGGGUUCUGUAUUUCGGAUGGAACAUUAAACGUGUGUCCUGACUCUCUGGGCACUAAAGAUCCCAUGGCACAGAUCGUAGGAGUAUUAACUCCGGUGUGCUGACUAAAUUCCAAAUCUGGCCCUCAUACCACCACGGUCACCUAAUCAUCCCCAGCUUACAAUUGGCCCAUUCAUCCCCCUCCUCUCCUCUGUAACUAUUCCCCAGGCCGUUGCUGUAAAUGAGAAUGUGUUCUCAGUCCACUUACCUGGUAAAAUAAGGGUUAAAUGAAAAAAAAAACUCAUCCCAAAGCACCUCAAUUGGGUUGAGGUCGGGUGAUUGUGGAGGCCAGGUCAUCUGAUGCAGCACUCCACCACUCUCCUUGGUCAAAUACCCCUUACACAGCCUGGAGCUGUGUUGGGUCAUUGUCCUGUUGAAAAACAAAUGAUAGUCCCACUAAGCCCAAACCAGAUGGGAUAGCGGUUAAGUGUGCCUUGAAUUCUAAAUAAAUUGCUGACAGUGUCACGAGCAUAGCACCCACACACCAUCACACCACCUCCUCCAUGCUUCACGGUGGGAACCACACAUGCGGAGAUCAUCCGUUUACCUGCUCUGCGUCUCACAAAGACACGGCGGUUGGAACCAAUAAUCUCGAAUUUUGGCUCAUCAGACAAAGGACAGAUUUCCACCGGUCUAAUGUCCAUUGCUUGUGUUUCUUGGCCCAAGCAAGUCUUCCUCUCAUUGGUGUCCUUUUAGUAGUGGUUUCUUUGCAGCAAUUUGACCAUGAAGGCCUGAUUGACGCAGUCUCCUCUGAACAGCUGAUGUUGAGAUGUGUCUGUUACUUGAACUCUGUGAAGCAUUUAUUUGGGCUGCAAUUUCUGAGGCUGGUAACUUUAAUGAACUUAUCCUCUGCAGCAGAGGUAACUCUGGGUCUUCCUUCCCUGUGGCGGUCCUCGUGAGAGCCGGUUUCAUCAUAGCGCUUGAUGGUUUUUGCGACUGCGCUUGUAGAAACUUUGAAAGUUAUUGACAUUUUCUGGAUUGACUGACCUUCAUGUCUUAAAGUAAUAAUAUACUGUAGUUUCUCUGAUUUAUUUGAGCAGUUCUUCCCAUGAUAUGGACUUGGUAUUGUACCAAAUAGGGCUAUCUUGUGUAUACCAACCCUACCUUGUCACAACACAACUGAUUGUCUCAAACACAUUAAGAAGGAAAGAAGUUCCACAAAUUAACUUUUAACAAGGCACACCUGUUAAUUGAAAUUAAUUCCAGAUGACUACUGGUUGAGAGAAUGCCAUGAGUGUGCCAAGCUGUCAUCAAGGCAAAGGGUGGCUACUUUGAAGAAUCUCAAAUGUAAAAUAUAUUUUGAUUUGCUAAACAAUUUGUUGUAAACUACAUGAUUACAAAUGUGUUAUUUCAUAGUUUUGAUGUCUUCACUAUUAUUCUACAGUGCAGAAAAUAGUCAAAAUUAAAGAAAAAACCUGGAAUGAG